UGUGUGGUCAGUAAGAACUAUCCAUUGAGUUGACAAGGAGGAGGAAGAUUAAAUAGCUUGACAUUCACUUGUUUAUAGUCAGUCUAUUGUAAUAGUUGUACCAGCUGGUUUAUAUAGGCCACGGUCUAAUAAGUUGAUAUAUUAAGCUGAGGGGACUAUAACUUAUUAGAAAUGCAAACCUGAAAAUCUGUAUAUUCAUGUGGAAACAUUAGAUCUGAAUCUGUGGAGGACUACUAUUCAUAUUCUACUUUUUUUUCUUUCUGAAAGCAGAGUGUACAUACAACUUUUAUCUCUAGUGUGAACAAGUGUGACUUACCAUUAGGAAGUGUGUGAUCUGAUGUGAUAAACUAAGGUUCCACAAGAUAGGAACUGCUGAGUGGAUAAAUGAUUUCAGUGAUUUAGAACUGAAUUAUACAACCCUUAUUUGUAUUUCUUUUUUGGACCUGCAAAAUGAAAUAGAAAUACAUGCUAUAUCUUAUCAUUGUAAAGACAUUGGUUUAUUAGAAAUGACUAGUCACAGUAUUAGUACUAUUUGAUACUAUAAACUAUGGAAGAACCUAACAUAUCAGUAUCAUUAGAGCUCAGUGUCAAAUGUAAAUCAUCGGUCAAGAAGAAUAUCAUCCAGUCCAAUUUAAUGGGAAUCAUUAAGUAUGUUCUUCCUCUGCAGGUGUAUAAAGUAGUGGUCAAUGCUGACAAUAAGUCGUGGUUCAUCUUCAGAAGAUAUAAUGAAUUCUAUCAACUUCAUGAAAAGAUUAAGAAGUUGUAUCCUGAUGCCAAUCUCAGACUGCCAGGAAAGAGACUAUUUGGUAAUCUAGAUCCAGACUUUAUACAGCAGAGAAGAGAUGGCUUAGAUGAAUUUAUACAGAAACUUGUAUCUCACCCUAAAAUUUCUCAACAUCCAGAAGUACGCUCCUUCUUGUCACUAGAUAAUCCUAGAAAUGCUUCGGAACCUGUAGAUACAGACACCUUUGAGGACUCAGAAGCUAUGAAUGGCAAAGACAAUAACCCAGUAAAUCUUGGUCCAAGUGAAAAGACAAGUGUUAAACCAAGUGACUUUGAAUUUCUGAAGGUUAUCGGCAAGGGCAGCUUUGGCAAGGUGCUUUUAGCCAGACAUAAGAAUGAGAGUAAAAUGUUUGCUAUUAAAGUCCUGCAGAAGCAGGCAAUAAUGAAGAGAAAUGAAGUGAAGCAUAUCAUGUCUGAGAGGAAUGUCUUGCUGAAAAACAUCAAACAUCCAUUUCUGGUGGGACUUCAUUACUCCUUCCAGACACAAGAUAAACUCUACUUUGUCUUGGAUUAUGUUAAUGGUGGAGAGUUGUUUUUUCAUUUACAAAGAGAAAGAUAUUUUCCAGAACAACGUGCCAAAUUUUAUGCUGCAGAAAUGGCUAGUGCUAUUGGUUACCUUCAUUCAUUAAAUAUCAUAUAUAGAGAUCUGAAGCCAGAAAAUAUUUUACUUGAUUCAAAAGGUCAUGUGACUUUGACAGACUUUGGUUUAUGUAAAGAGGGAAUAGAAGGCAUGGGAACAACAAGCACUUUCUGUGGAACACCUGAGUAUCUUGCACCAGAAGUGUUAAGAAAACAGCCCUAUGACAAAACUGUAGAUUGGUGGUGUUUAGGAGCUGUGUUAUAUGAAAUGAUGUAUGGGUUACCUCCCUUUUACAGUCGUGAUACAGCUGAAAUGUAUGACAAUAUUCUAUAUAAACCUCUUCGUCUUAGAACUAAUGUUUCAUCAGCUGCUAGAUCAAUACUAGAAGGGCUGUUGCAAAAAGAAAAAGAACAAAGACUUGGUGCCAAGAAAGAUUUCCAUGAAAUCAAAACUCAUUCUUUUUUCUCUGACAUAAAUUGGGAUGAUCUUGAUAAGAAAAAGAUUCACCCACCCUAUAAUCCUAAUGUGAGUGGACAGUUGGAUUUGAAGCAUUUUGAUCCUGAAUUUGUCAGAGAACCUGUUCCUGCUUCUGUUGGUAAAUCUGCAGGGGGAGGUAAAAUGGUUAGUGCUAGUGUGAUGGAAGCAGACAAUAUGUUUCAAGGAUUUUCUUAUGUACCUCCAGCAGAAGAUGCAUUUAGCUAGUAUUUACCAACCUAACUUUCUUUAUAAGCAUGGUUGUGAUAUUAAUAAAAAUCCUGUCCAACAAUUUUCCAAUUGUGAAUUUAAGUUGUUAAAUAUUUAUUAUUUGUACAUUAUAUUGUUUUUCUUGUUAUAUUGUUAAUUGAUACAAAAAUAGACAUUUAUUGAGGAACCAGUGAAUUUUGUGAUAUUCCUCUCUUACAAAUUUUGAGGAGACUAUGAAAUGGAAUGUGUUCAUUGAUGUAUUCUUUAAAUAGACUAUAGACAUUAACAUACAGUGCAAGCAUGGCUCAAUAUUUCUACCUGUGUAAAGAAUGGAACAAUAAAGGAUUAGAAAUAAGAAAUGAACAUUGCCCACCAAGUGACCAUUGACUUUUGUUAUAACUUUUGAAUAAGGUGCUAUAUGUUUUUAUGUAUAUUUUAUUGUUAAGACUUAUACACCUUAAAUAUUUUGUGAUUAUUUUUAAAGUCACAAGUUUACAUCAUAGACUAUCAUUAUGUACUCAGUGCAUUUUAUCAUUUUGUGUUUUAUACCUGGACGAUUUUAACAUUAGUAAUUAUUAAGUAUCAAUGUUAUAACAAUGUAGGUUGUUCAUACUUCUAAAUAUUGUAUUUAGAGAUGUGUUUUAGUUGUCUAUAAUCAUUCAAGUCAUUAGCAAGCCGUUGAGAAAUCUUCCCUUUUAUUUUAGUUUGAAUAGUAUUUCUACAGUUAAAAAUAUACUGUAUUUUUACAUAUUAAAAUAUAUAUUGUAUUAUUACAGUUGAAAAUGUGCUGCAAUUCCAAAUCUAAAGUUUACAAACUUCUUGAACUUGUUGAAUUUAACAAUGUAUUUAUCAAAAUUUUAUCAUAUCCUAUAUUUGUCUAGUAAAUGAUAAAAAGUUCUGAGUAUAUGAUAGUAUAUCUUGAUUAAGAUAGAUGUAUGUUUUGGACCAAUAGUGUGAAUAAUAGUCAGAUUUUACCUCAAACCAGACAAUUCUCUUAAAAGGGAUGAUACUAUAUUCCCAUUACAUUCCAUAGGGCAUAUUGUUUUAAUGUCAAGAUAUAUUAUAAUAUUAAAUUUUGUUUUAAAAUUAUUUUUAUAUAUAAUUAUAAACUUUUAAAUAAUACUACUAUAAAUUCUUCAUUACUAUUUAUCUUCAAAUGAAUCAUAAAAAGCACUUUUUCCUAAGUUUUUGAAAGAAAUGACCAAAUAAUCUAUAGACAGUAUAAGUAUAUCAAAUUUAAAUUUUAAACAUUUCCAUGUUUUUGUUUUGUUUACAAAAUGGUAAUGCCAAUUAUUGUCAAAAUUAAAACAAACUCAUAACUGAAUUAUUGAAAUUUUGUCUAAAGAUUUUGUAGACUUAUAAUAUACCAGUAUUGUUAUAAAUACUGGGUGUAAUAGGUAUUUAACUUGGUACUGGUAAAAGACAAUCAAAAUACUUUGAUCAAAGGACUUUUUGUGCAAUUAUACAUGUUAAGCAGACUUUAUUUUAAUACAACGAGUAAAAUGCCAAAUAAGAAACUUGACUAGUCAGAAUUAUGCCUUGUAUGAGGUGCCUUGUAUGUCAUAAGCCUUUUUGAAAAAUAACUGCCAUUGCCAGAAUUGUUUAAAUUUGAAUACAUUUCACUGAAAGUAGUCAAACUAAUUUGUUGAGAGCAGCAUUUACUUCAAACUUAUAUUAAAAUUAUGGUAGUUAUUUUAAUAAGAGGUUUAAAAUGACAUACAAAUGUUUUCUUCCUCUGAUAUUACCAUAGUAUGUAAACUGAUUUGAGAAAGAAAACAUUUCUGUUUAAAGGAUUUUCAUGUUGUUAUGUACAGUUUAUAUAUUUAUAUGUUUUGAUAACUAAAAUACUUAAGUUAAGACCAUUUUGUUGUUUUUUUGUCAUUUUUGUAAUGAUUAAAGGUUUUGGUCGGUAUUUUUCAGCCAAGAUAUGACAAAAACUUUCAUUAUACUGAGAAUGAAUUUCAAUUAGAAUGAAAAACACAGUUCGAAAAUACAUUUUGUUGCUUUUUUUUUUGUAAUAUUUUUCAAGACGUGUAACUACUGUAUUUUAUAUCAAAUGCUUCAGUAAAUUUUUAACCCCCACAAAUCAUUGUAGGGGUUACCAUAUUUUUUUUUUUCAUAAUACAUUUGAUAACCAAAACAUUUCUGAUGGCGUCUUCACUGAAAGUAUAAUUUAUUGUAAUUUUGUUGUUGAAAUGGUAUCUUUACUUUCAAGAGUACGCUUAUUUUGAGCAUUAUUAAUAAAAGUAUAUGAGAUUCAUUCUUCAUUUUUAUUGUCAACCCUACAACAUUUUUGUAAGCAGUGUUGUCAGUCGUGGCAUCAACAUUGAAGUGCUUUUGUAUUUAACAUCAAUAUUUUUAGCAAAUCUCUUUUUAUGUAAUUUGGAAAAAAAUCAUUUUUUCAUAAUGAAUAAUAUUGACAACAGUAUAGAGGAAACAAACUGUUAUCAAGGAAAUAUUAGUUUUUUUUAGAAACAGACGAUAAACAUAUUUGUAUAUUCAUGAAUGCUUUGUAAAGUAUUUGGACAAAAAAAUCAUACACUUCAUUUUGUAAAAGUAUUCAACCUCAUUUUCAGUCAUAUAUGUAGCAUUUUUAGAACACAAAUUUUGUUUGUACUUAACAUUGUUUAGUCAUAUGCUCAAUGUUAAAACUUUUUUUUAAGUCAAAAUGACUUUAAAUAUGUUGAUAUCUAUGCAACUGGUUGCAUACAAUGAUAAAAUAAAAUUACAAAACCAA